CGCUCGCAAAGGUGGUCACGAUGGCCGCCAUGAUUCGAUGCAUAGCUCAGCAUCACAGCCAAGAAGCCCUGAGUAGCUGACCAUAGGCGAAAGCAGCCUGAGUAGCCUUGUCCCGCCCCUUUCGAAGCAAGCCUAUUGAACCCUCGGCAAGGACGAUGAUGAUGAACGGGAGGGAUAGUCGCGGCCACGGCGGUGUGGAUGGGCCGAGGGCGGGGAGGAGCGGCGCCACGUCUGCGUCAGAUCCUGCGAUAGAGAAGCUCUUCACGGGCCACAAGGAGACCGUCACGGGCGUCGCAUUCAACCCCAAUAUGUAUGUCCGUUCGGUGCAGGUGGAAUGGAACAGACAGGGGAUGUCAAUGCAUGGCAUGUGAUGGAUGUGUGCCAUUGGCAUAUGUAUGAGCUGUACGUGUGUUGUGUGUUGUGUGUUGCAGGAAGCAGGCCAUGUCGUGUUCCACCGACGGCAAUGUGUUUGUGUGGCACUUCAAGCCUCACACGAGGCCUCUGAGAUUCGCCGGACACAAGGUAGGUGAGGCGACACACUGCAGAAGAGUACUGAAUGGAUGGAUGGAUGCUGACAUCUGCGUGUGAAUUCGCCUCCCUCGUGUGUGCGGUGCAGGGUGCGGUGAAUGGCUUGUCUGUGAGUGCGUCGGGUCACUACAUCGCCUCCGCGUCCAACGACAAGACCAUUCGCAUAUGGGCCAACACGCCGUGAGAAACCAAGCCACAACACAACACAACACAACACAACAUACCGCACCACCACAGCUCCCACGGUGUGUGUGUGUGUGUGUGUGGCUUCAGGAAGGGCGAGUCGUCAGUGCUCAAGGUGAGUUGCCCUGGCCUGUGUGUGCGUCCUUUGGUGUGUGUCUGUCCGUGUCGGAUGUGUGUGUGUGUGUCGCGCAGGCGCAUGCGGGUGCGGUUCGUAGCGUCGAGUACUCCCGCAGCGACCGAUACCUCCUCACAGCAUCCGAUGACAAAACUGUCAAGGUAUGCAUGCGACUACCCUACCCAGCUGUGUGUCCCUCUCUCUGUUUGAGUGUGGGUGUCUGUCUGUCUGUCUGUCUGUCUGCUGCCCCCGUGGCCGUGUGGAUGUUUUGUGUGGGUGUGGCGGGUGGGUGAGUGCAGCUGUGGUCAGUGACGGACAUGUCGGGCACCUUCCACGCCUCCAUGUGCGGACACAACAACUGGGUGCGUACUUAACUUAUUCAGUGACCAACCCACCCACCCCACAUGGCAUGGCCCAGCCCACACAGACACAUCUGUUCUGUUCUGUUUGUUGACCGUCUGCCUGCAGGUGCGGUCAGCGUCCUUUUCGCCCGACACCCGCAUGGCCAUCUCGGGGGGCGACGACAAGACCGUGAGUGACAAAGAGUCCUCCUUCCUCUAUGAGAUGUCUGUCAUCCAUGUCAUGUGUGGUGUGUUGUGUGGCCACCUGGCUGUACCUACCGUGUGUAUCCAUCAGGUGCGUGUAUGGGACGUGGAGAGGCGGGACACCGUGGAGACCUUCUACGAGCACCAGGAGACCGUCUGUAAGUGGAGUGGUGGACUGGGUGGUGCCAGGCGGUCUUCCACCUCCCCUUUCUCCCGUGUGUUGUGUUGCGUUGUGUCGCCUCGUUUCUCUUGAAUUGAAUAUAUGACAGCGUGUGUGCGUUUCCACCCUGACGGGAACCUGGUGGCGGCAUGCUCAUUCGACAGGGCCAUACACGUACCUACCGUGGCCCUAACUGCAGACAGACAGACAUGCACACGGAGAGAGAGGGAUGAAAGGGCGAAGGAUCACUCAUGUGUGUGUGUGUGCAGGUAUGGGAUGUGCGCAGCCGCCGGUUGCUCCAGUGCUAUAAGGACCACACAGGCCCUGUGGUGAGCCAGACAGUGAGACCAACCCACCAACGCACCAACUCACACAUCACAUGUGCCUCCCUUGGCCUCAUAUGCCGUGUAUGUGUAUGUGUAUGUGUGUGUGGGCAUUCAGACGGCGAUAGCGUUCCACCCGUCGGGCAACUUCCUGCUCUCGUCUUCACACGACACUUCAGUCAAGGUGGGUGCUCGGGUGGUGGGUGACCACGGCACACAAGAUGUGUGCGUGUGUGUGUGUGCAUCUGUGUGUGCGUGUGUGCAGAUAUGGGAUCUGCGCGAGGCCCACCUGAUGUACUCAGUCUACCGACACGACGUAAGUCGGCACCAGUGAGGAAGGACACACACCAUCAACCAAAUCAACGCACCUAUGCAGUCGAGCAUUGAGCAUUCAUCUCGGUAUGGGUGUCCUGCAGGGGCCCACUACUUGCUGCGCGUGGUCGCCUAGGGGGGACUUCUUUCUGUCGGGUGGGUGGGUGGGUGGGGGAAUGACACACAGUGCCAGGCUGCCUGCCUGGCGCGCUCACCUGGUCGUCCUUGUGUGAUUGCAGGUUCGCAGGAUGCGAGCAUCAUCCUGUGGCGCAGCAACUUCGACCAGGCGCUUAAUAGCAUAGGUCAGUUCAGUCUGCUGAGCAGACUGAUCAGAUCAUAUUAAGGGGGAUGAAGAGGGGCGACUUGUCUUUAUCGGUCAGGUGUGGAUCAGUCGCCCAUCCCACCUGCGGCCGAAGUAGCCAGUGCCACUGUCGACUCAUCCCUUCGGUAGGGACCCCCGAGCUCCUCCCAACCACACACACACACACACACACAUGACUUCCCAUCAACCACGGCCUCUCCGACCUCUCUGUCUGUCUGUCUGUCUGGCUGAUGCAGCCCCCUACACCGUCCGUCGCGGCCCCCCCGCUGCCCCUCCCACGACCAUCCAUCCGCCCACACCAGCCGCACCGAAGGCACAUCCUCCAUCAGACCUUCUUCCACACGCGCACACCCACACCCACAGCCACAACAGCCACAGGCACACGCCAAGGCACCCUCCCACCCGUCCGCUGCUGCAUCGGCCCACCGGCCCAGGUCCAUCUCGCCAUUCCAGCUGCUGGGCGACCGACACAGGGAGCGGGAGAGGGAGAGGGAGAGGGAGAGCGGCAAGGGCAGCUGGACGUCGGUGGAUGUCUUGUCCGCCGCUGCCGCUGCUGGUGGUGAGAUGGGCAGGCAGAGAGGCGGCUCUGUCCCCGCUGCCACUAGCACCGCUGCCGUCGGUCAGACUGAUGAGGAGGAGAGGGAGAGCCAGGUGGAGGGAGCCGGUCUGGGUGCUGGUGUUGGUGUUGGUGGGAUUGCGCCAUUGGUGGUCCCGCAGAUCCCCCAGACGGCAGUGAGGGGCUUCGACUGGUCGCAGCUCCCGGAGAGCGUUGCCAGGACGCUGGACGGCCUCACCGCACAAAUGGACAUGAUAGCCCAGUGAGCCAAACACACACACUGACUGACACGCCCGGACACACACACAACACACACGUCAAUCAUCCUCUGUGUGAUCUGAUGACAUGUGUGUGUCAGCACCAUGAGGUUGCUGGAGUCCCGCAUGACGGUCACGGAGAACCAGGUGUCGCAGAUCUUUCAGAUGGUCAAGAUGAACACAGCCAACAUGGCCACCACCACCACCCCCACCCCUCCCACUCCCAGCCCCCCUCACAUGCCACAGCAGCCGCCACUGCCCCCGCAGCCGCGCCCGCGCGCCUCGCCGCCCCCAGCCAUGCCGUUCCCUCCGCCAGUGCCCACCUCUUACACAACCACAUACACGACAGCACAGCCAGCGCCCCCAGCACCCCAGCAGCAUGCGACGGAGGUCCCGGUCGCGGAGAGGACGGUGUCGGCUCCUGCUGUCACGGAUUUGAUUGCUGGUGGUGCGUAUGGGGGCGUCUCGCCGCUCUUUUCGCGCAACACGGAGAGGGAGAGGGAGAGGGGCGUGUCUUCGCCGGUCGUCGUGACGGGCAUGCCGCUCGCGCCGCCAUCGCGAAGUGAGUGAGUGAGUGAGUGAGUGAGGGAGGGAGGCAGGCAGGCAGGCAGGCAGGACCCGCCCGCUGUCCACGGACACACAUACACAUACACAUACACAUACACAUACGAACACACGCUGUUUGUGUCUGUGUGUAUGGUAUGUCUUAUCGACCAGGCACGACCACUUCCCCGCCCAUCCUCCAUGCGGCCCCCAUCCCCGAAAUGAGCCCCAGCGACCCCUCCCCCUUCUCGUCGCGCCCCGGCGCACCCAGGACAACAGGCGGCAUCGGGCUCUUCCCCUCAUCCACAGACACCCCGUCAUCCCCUCCCCCUUACACACCUCCAACCACGGCGGCCGUGGAGCAGCGCACUUGGUCCCCCAGCAAGCGGCCCCCGCCAAGGGAGCUGCCCACAUUCAGUCACGAUGGCGAUGGCAACGGCGGUAGCAACGGACUUGUGGAGACCAUGGCGCAGAAGCGGGCUGAGAUCCUCCAGGGGCUCGGGGACGCCGAAUCGGCGUUGCUGCCCCCGCCCCCGCCGCCCCCUCCCCUGCUGGCAAGUGUGCUGACCGAGCCGGUCCCACUGGAUGGCGGCGUGGGCAUGAACAUGAUGAUGGACAUGAUGGACUCUGGUGCCGGGGGCGGCGGCGGCGGCGGUGGCGGUGGCGGGGUGGGUGUGAGCGAUGUGCAGAGGGAGGUGCUCAACUACGGCAGCAAUGAGGAGCCGCAGGAGGGGGCAGAGGCGGCUGGAGUUGCAGUUGCUGCCGCCGAUACUGCUGGUGCUGAUAUUGGUGUGUCCGGCGGAGAGAGAGAUGGAGAGGGGGCGACGGAGUCGUGUCUGGCAGAGGCGGAUGCAGACGAGGGGGAGGGCGACAGCGAUGCCAACAAGGAGAAGAGGGAAUGAACGAAAGGGAAAGGGGGGGGGCGGUUCAGUCGAUAUUUAAGAUUUGCCAUCCAUUUCGUUCCACACCCACCCGCCCACCCGCCCGCCCGCCCAGGAAGGACGGAAGCCAUACCAUGGUGGAGGGAGGGAUGGAGGGAGGGAGGGACACUUGGGGGGAGAGAAGGAUGCCUGCGAUGCCUAACCUAUCGACUGAUCUAUCAGCUCAGCAAGCAAAGCAAUGGAUGGUAUGGUGGCUGGCGUGAGUGUGUGAGUGACGAUAGGCAGCGGGAGGGCAGGAGCGAGCGGCCGUAGCCGGCCAGGCAGCAUAGCAGAGCGGCUGCUCACCUGCCUGCCUGCCUGCCUGCCUCCCGCGCGUACCUACCGACGUGUGGAUGGGUGUGUAUGCGCCAUGCGGCUGUGUGUAGAUGGCUGUCCGUCCGUCUGACUGUGCGUGAGAGUGUGAGAGUGUGCCUAGCUGGAUGUGGCUGGUCGAGCGGGUGGGGCGGGC